AUGAAAAUUAAAAUUGUUCUUUCUCGAGCACGUAACUUUGCCGUCUCUGUAAUUGUUGCCGGUUUUUUCUGUAUUUCAUAUCUUUCAUCCGAUCGUCAAUUGCAUGCAUACAAUCCCAAAUUUGCCCUCUCUAAUGAAACUAGCAUAGAUCAUGUUAUAAUAGACACUACAAUGAUGAAUAAUGAAUAUUGUGUGGGUUAUAAUUUUUUGGAAGCUACAGAAAGUUUCCGAGAAGAUGGACUUGAACCAGUAACACUAGCAGUUCAUGGUACUGCAGAAAUGAUGGAAAUGAUAGAAAAUAAGCCUGAGAACUGGGAUGGGCCUAUAUCAUUUGGAUUGUUUAUUGAUUUUCAUUCUAGACAAAUUCUGGAUUACGUCGCUAAGGUUUAUAGCUGCGAUGAGGAGUUUCAGAAAAAGGUUACCGUACACUUUGCAUUCCGUCUAUCACCCUUUCAAACUAGCUGCCCACAAAUCAAAGUCUCACCGUCAACUCUCGAAUGUGGCGAGUUCCUCUCCAACAGAAAAAAGUUUCGACGUGCUGUAGGCGACUCAUUUCAAUUGUACCCAAGUAACUUGAUGAGAAAUAUUGCAAGAAAAGGUGCCAAAUCGGAUAUUCAUUUCAUUGUCGAUGGUGAUAUGAUAAUGAGUGAUGGAUUUGCGGAAAAGAUUAAACCAAUUGCAAAUCAAAUUGUUGAUGGGAAAAACAAAAAUGUAUUGGUUGUUAGAAGAUUUGAAACAAAUGAAACGACAAUACCCCACAACCAUAUAGAAUUGAAAAAUGCAAUUGAAAAUAAACAAGUCUUCCAAUUUCAUCACAGAUUUUUCUUUGCUGGGCAUAAAAUUUCAAAUAUUUCACACUGGUUUGCGGUUUCCAAUGAAACCGACGAAAUUACUGCUUGGGAAAUACCUUACUCGAGCAGCUUAUGGGAAGUUCAAGUGAUUCUUCAUCGUAACGACUUGUACAAUGCGGAUUACUUUCCAGCGAGAAUCAAGGUUAUGCAGUCAUUGGUGUACAGCCUGUGCAGAGCCAACUAUACGUUCAACCUCCUAUCACACGUUUUCAACGUGCACAAAGGAAUCAAAUUAGGCGAUACUAACUUCUCAAAAUCCGUUAUAGCACACUCUAAGAGAAAUGGAAGAAAUAGGUGA